AAAAGAGAGAAAUCGCAGCAAGAUUUAGUCAACCUUGAAAAGGCAUUUAACAUCAAUUCAGUUCAACGCCAUCCAAACGACCAAGAUAGUGUUGCAGCUUGGUUAAAAGAGUGGCAAAUGAAGGAAAACAAUCCUAUAUUACAUUAUAAAUUACAAGGAGAACCUGAUACAUCCCAUCAGUUUGAAGUCUCAGAUUUUAUUAUAAUCAUACAAACUGAACACCAAAAAAAUAUGUUCCAACAAUUUGGACGUGCAGGAGUUUGUAUUGAUUCUACUCACGGUACAAAUGGUUAUGACUUUCUUUUAACAACAUUAUUAGUGGUUGAUGAAUUAGGUGAGGGUCAACCUGCUGGGUGGUGUUUAGCCACUAGUGAUUCUUUUAAUUUUAUGAAGCUUUUUUUUGGCAAACUAAAAGAAAAUUCUGGUAAUAUUUAUCCCAUUUGGAUAAUGACUGACAUGGCUGCACAAUACUAUGAUGCAUUUUGUAAUGUUUAUACAUGUGCUCCUCUUAAAUUAUGGUGUACAUGGCAUGUGGAUAGAGCAUGGAGAGAUGAAAUUCAUAAAAAAAUAAAAAAUACUGAAAUGGAAGUAGAUGUUUACAAAAGACUUAGAUUUAUUUUACAAUUAAGCGAUCGUAAACUUUUAGAUGAUUAUUUAAACUCAUUCAUGCUUUACUUGCAAUCUUUCACUUUAACUAAAUCAUUUGCUGAAUAUUUUCAAAAAUAUUGGGAAUGCAAGAAGCAUUUUUGGGCAUCAUGUUACAGAAUUGGACAUGGAAUUAAUACUAAUAUGUAUCUCGAAUCAUUUCAUAAGACCUUUAAGUAUAAUUAUCUCAAUGGAAAACAUAAUAAAAGAAUAGAUAACUGCUUGUUUAAAUUAUUAAAAUUCAAUAGAGAUAAAGUGUAUGAAAGGUUAAUAAAAUUAACUAAAGGCAAAAAUAGCUACAAAUUAAAUCUGAUAUAUUCUUGGCAUGUAGCUAGUUUACAUUUAUCUUUAAGUUGUGUUAUUGAGGAAAAAGGAAAAUGGUUUGUACAGUCUGAAAAUAAUAAUGAUCAAUAUGAAGUUAUAAAACAUCAUGAUAUAUGUAAUAUAAUUGGUUGUCUUACAAAGUGCACUGAAUGCCAAGUCUGUUCCCAUUUAUACCACUGUAGCUGUAUGGAUUUUCUAACAAAAAAUAUACCAUGCAAACAUAUUCAUUUAAUUCAUCGUCUAGGAAGUGAAAGUAAAUUAAAAAAAAAUACACUUGUUAGUUUACCUCCAGUUGAUUUGGAAAGCAAAACAAUAUGUAAUGUUUCUGGUGAUGUUCAGACUUUGAAAAGUAAUAUUAUAAAAAAUUUAAUGGGUCUUGUCAAGUUAGUGUCUUCAAGUACAAUUUCGGAAGAAAAAGCUUUAAAAAAUUUGAAUAAAAACAUUUCACAAGCUACAAGUACUUUUCUUAGUUUAAGUGAAAACAUAGUUGAACAAUUUUUCUUAAAAGAAAAUAUACCAUCAAACAAAAAAUUAACAAAACAACCACAGUUUUAUUCAAUAAAAAAAAGAAAAAAAGUUUCCUCUAUCAGAUUAGCUAAACCUUCUAACGAUGAAAUUAAAGAGCUGUUUGAUUUUUCAAAGUGGGACUCAAAGAACAAAGUUGUAGCGCAGACAAAAAUUAUUCCAGAAAAUAAAUGUAAUGAAUUAACAAUAGAGAAGGCGUCAAAAAACGUUGCAGAAUCCAAGUUAUUAUUGCCAGAGCAAAGAAAAGUUUUAGCAUAUUUUGGCUAUUCCAACCCAAUUGUAGCUCAUAUUUUAACAGACAAAGACCUGCAGACUGAUGGAAAACUUCUUCAUGCUGAAGUUAUCAAACAUGACAUCAAUGUCGUAAAAGACUUAGUUAAUCCAGACACAUUUUAAAAACUUCAGAAAAAUGUGCUACAUCUUAAACAAAGUUGGAGUUGUUUGAGUUGUAACAAACCACAAUUUGAAGACAUGAUUGAGUGUGAAGAUUGUUUGACUUGGUACCACUGGAAAUGUAUUUCUCCGGGUAAAGUUAUUACAGAUAAGUGCUGGAUUUGUAGUGAAUGUGACACCAAAAAGUUUUGUAAGCAAGUUACAGACUCUUAACUAUGAAAACAGAGAUCGCAGUUAACAAACUUCUUUUUACAUAAUAUAUACCGUGGUAUCAGCACGACUAUAUACAUAAUUGUUUAAAACUUCUAGAACAUCUUAUCAAAUGAUAAAUUAAGGGCAUUAAUUGAGUCUAAUUUGAACAAUUUGUUAUGUGUCUUUCUUAGAUAUUUAACACUCAGCAUGCGCUUUUUAUUUUACUGAAAUGGCAUGAAUACUUACACAAAGGAGAUAUUAUUGGUUUUAUACAAGGCCGGCACGAUGGAAAAGGAGGGUUCAUUAAGUCGGCAAAUUAACUUCCAAUGGCGACAUUGUGUUUCCUAACAAUUCUAAAUUUUUCUGCAACUAAUUUUAUUAUAUCAAAAGUUGCAUAUUUUGCUAUUCUUGCAUUUACAUUUCUUUUAUGUUGAUUACUGUUGUGUUUGUGCUUUAUUCGACGUCUUUGAUAAUUAGUUCAGUUUUAAACAUUAUCCUCAUUUAAUAGUUUUAACAAUAUAUAUGCCACUGCCAUACUAGAUUCGAAAAAUUUCAAAAAUUUUUUAAACCGCAGUCAUUAAAACGUUUUAAAAUAUUCACAAAAUACGACGUCGUUUGGUUGCAAAAAUUCAUUUUGCCGCAAAAUAUUCUA